AUGAGCAAGCUCAACGCCGGCGCGUUCGAGUUCGUCCCGGGCAACGCCUUCCGCAUCCCUCCCUCACAGCAGCAGCCGACCCCGCCGCCUCUCCAGCCCGUCGAGCGCCCCGAGCAGACAGAGGCACCCGUACCCGCCCCCACCAUUUCUCUCAACAUCGGCGGACCAAAACCACAGCCUGUGCCCUCGCCUGCACCGUCUGCCCCGCCGCCCGCCCCCGCCCCCGCCACUGCCGCAUUUGCGAAAGCCGCGCCCAAGCCUGCCACCAGCACCUCAUCUGGUGGGUCCGGAGCGUCUACGCCGGUCAAGACAUCCGCCGUCUCCUCUCCCGCUCCCGCAUCCCGCACAUUCACCCUUGCAAAGGCCAAGAACGACACCGCCGCCAUUGCCCAGGAGGUGCAAAAUGCCGCGGACGAGGCUGUCCUCCAAGAGCUCUUUGGCGACCUCAAAGAACACCUGAGCAUCGUCUUCGUCGGACAUGUUGAUGCUGGCAAGAGUACCAUGGGCGGCAACAUUCUCUUCCUCUCCGGCUCCGUCGACAAGCGGACCAUGGAAAAAUAUGAAAAAGAGGCCAAGGAUGCAGGGCGUGAAACCUGGUACCUCUCAUUCGCCCUCGACUCCACCCCUCAGGAGCGCCUCCAGGGCAAGACCGUUGAGGUCGGCCGCGCCUACUUCGAGACCGCAACCCGCCGCUACACUAUCCUCGACGCCCCGGGGCACAAAACCUACGUCCCUUCCAUGAUCACCGGUGCCGCACAGGCGGACGUCGCUAUCCUCGUCAUCUCCGCUCGAAAGGGCGAGUUUGAGACCGGCUUCGAGCGCGGUGGCCAGACCCGCGAGCAUAUCAUGCUGGUCAAGACCGCCGGUGUCGGCAAGCUCAUCGUCGUGAUCAACAAGAUGGACGACCCAACGGUCGGGUGGGCCAAGGCGCGCUUCGAUGAGAUUAAGGAGAAGCUCACGCCUUUCGUGCGCGGCGCAGGGUUCAAUCCCAAGACGGAUGUCACUUGGCUGCCUGUGUCCGCGUACACGGGCGCAAACCUCAAAGACCGCGUUGCGUCGUCCGUGUGUGCGUGGUGGGACGGCCCCGCACUGCUCGAGCACCUUGACAAGAUGCCGAUGGUCGACCGCAAGCUGCACGCGCCGCUUAUGAUGCCCAUCUCCGAGAAAUACAAGGACCUCGGCACGAUCGUCGUCGGCAAGAUCGAGUCCGGGCACGUGCGCAAGGGCGACGCACUCCUGCUCAUGCCAAACCGCGACACCGUCGAGGUCGCCGCGCUUUACAAUGAACUGGACGACGAAGUCCCCGCGGCUGCAUCGGGAGACAGCGUGCGGCUGCGGCUGCGCGGCGUCGAGGAUGAGGACAUCAGCCCGGGAUUCGUGCUCACGAACCCUGCGCGACCUGUGCACGCGGUGCGCCAGUUCGAGGCGCAGCUGGCGAUUCUGGAGCAUAAGAAUAUCAUUUGUGCGGGGUACACGGCCGUCAUGCAUGUGCACACGCUCGCAGAAGAGAUCACGCUCGUGGCGCUCCUUCACUACUUUGAUAAGGCGACCGGGCGUAAGUCCAGAAAACCACCACAGUUCGCUAAGCGGGGACAGCGCAUUGUCGCCCUCAUCGAGACAACCGCGCCAAUCUGCGUCGAGCGCUUUGCGGACUACCCGCAGCUAGGCCGAUUUACGCUGCGCGACGAAGGCAAAACAAUAGCGAUCGGAAAGAUCACCAAGUUGAUCGAAGGCGGGGUUGACAUAGACGACGCCGCAGAGGGCGUCGCCAACCUGUCCGUCGCAGCCUAAGCAAGACUCGGAUAGACGAAGAUCCGGUGGCUUGACAAAAUAUCAAAGUAGAAGGCAAGACGAAGGAACUGCAAUUGAAUGUACGUGUUUGCAUUCAUGAAUGGGGCAAUUAGUUUGUGUAGCACAAUGUCGCAGCGCCGUGUAAAUGUACGCAUGUAACGUAGUCACCUCGAUAUGGCCCUCGCUGUUGUCUUGUCCCAAGCCUUAGACUGGCUUACGAUACGAAUCUUAUUUAGAACGAUUAAAGAUACAUGCAAGACUAUUGAUACAC